AUGUUGGUCAAGUCCUUCAUCGCGCUUGCAGCGUGCACGCGCUUCGCACGUGCUGUGCCUUACCCUCACGACUCUACCUCACGUGUUCUUCCUCGAGCUGCAAACUCCACCACGUGCCCGGGCUACACAGCUACAAAUGUCGAUGUCACGGACUCCGGCCUCACAGCCGACCUCACUCUCGCUGGCACUGCUUGCAAUGCAUACAGUGAAGAUCUCCAGGAGCUGAAGCUGGUUGUUGAGCACCAGACUGACGACCGUCUCCACGUUAAGAUCUUCGAUGCGGGACUCAAUAUGUUUCAGGUUCAGGAGGAUGUCCUUCCCCGUCCUGCCAACGGCAAGGCCGCUUCUUCAGGCGCAGCUGUUCGAUUCGACAUUACCGCGCAGCCGUUUGGAUUCAAGGUCAUUCGCAACAGCAACAAUGAAACCAUCUUCGACACCACUGGCACUCCAUUGAUCUUCGAGAAGCAGUAUGUCCGUCUACGCACUAACCUGCCAAAGGACCCCAACAUUUACGGCCUUGGAGAGCACAGCGAUUCUUUCCGCUUCCACACGAAGGGCUACCGCCGCAGCUUGCUCAAUGCCGAGUCGAUCAAUAUUCCCAACAAUGCGAACCUAUACGGCUCACAUCCGGUCUAUUUUGAUCACCGUGGCGACAAGGGUACUCACGGUGUCUUCAUGCUGAAUUCUUCUCCGAUGAACAUCGACAUUGACCAAAAUGACGCUGGCAGCCAGUACCUCGAGUACAACGCCAUCGGCGGUAUCGUUGACCUGUACUUUUUGGCUGGUCCCGGCCCCGCUGAUGUAUCCAAGCAGUACGCUGACGUUGUUGGCUACUCUGCAAUGUACCCUUAUUGGGCGCUCGGCUUCCACCAGUGCAAGUACGGCUACUGGGACGUCAACAUGGUUGCUGAGGUCGUUGCCAAUUACUCGACCGCUGGCAUUCCGCUUGAGGUUAUGUGGACUGACAUUGACUAUAUGGAUGCGCGCCAGGACUUUACCCUCGACCCCGAGCGCUUCCCUCUUACUAAGAUGCAGGAGCUUGUGUCGACUCUCCACUCCCGCGACCAGCGCUAUGUGCUUAUCCUUGAUCCUGGAGUUCAUGCAUUCGAGGAAGUUGCAGCAUAUAAGAGCGGCCACGAUCUCGAUGUCUUCUUAAAGGCGGCCGAUGGCACUGAUAUUCUCGGUGUGCAGUGGGCCGGUGCUGUUGCAUGGCCCGACUGGUUCCAUCCCAACACACAGAAGUGGUGGACUGACGAGGUUCUCAGCUUCUUCGAUGCCGACUCCGGCGUUAACAUUGACGGCAUCUGGGUUGACAUGAAUGAGGCCUCCAGUUUCUGCCACGACACGCAGACCUGCAACUCCCGCCAGAAGGCGAUCGACGACGGCAUCCCACCAAAGCCCGCCUUCGCUCCUCGCCCCAACACUGGACGUCCCAUUCCUGGCUUUCCUUCAUCCUUCCAGCCCGACUCCUCAACGAAGCGCGAUCUUGAGGCUCGUCAAGCUAUGGGUCAGAUGAAGGGCUUCGCGGACCGUGAGUGGUUCAAUCCUGCCUACACGGUCAGCAACCACGUCGGCGGCCUUAGCGACCAGACCAUCCCCUUCAAUACCUCCAACUACGAUGGCACACGCCAAUACGACACGCACAACCUCCACGGUCACAUGAUGGCUUUGACGACCCAGAAGUCUAUGUCCGCCCGCCGUCCAGAUGUGCGCCCAUUCGUUCUCACUCGCUCUACCUGGGCCGGUACCGGCCGCAAGGCUACUCACUGGUUCGGCGACAACGCCUCUGACUGGGAGCACUACCGCACUUCGAUCCGGCAGAUGCUGUCUUUCGUAUCGAUGCACCAGAUGCCGCUUGUAGGCUCCGACGUUUGCGGCUUCAACGGCAACACAAACGAGAACCUGUGCGCGCGCUGGGCCAUGCUCGGCGCCUUCCAGCCCUUCUAUCGCAACCACGCUGAGCUGAGCACUAUCCAGCAGGAAUUCUACCAGUGGGCGUCCGUCGCCGUCGCCGCAAAGAAGGCAAUCGACACCCGCUACAAACUCCUCGACUAUAUAUACACCGCACUGUACUACCAGACCACUACCGGCGCGCCCAUAAUCAACCCCCUGUUCUUCCUGUACCCUGAGGACGCAAAUACGUUCGGUAUCCAAGAACAGUGGUUCUACGGCGACGCGCUGCUGAUCUCGCCCGUCACCACAGACUUCUCGGACACAGUCACGUACUACCUUCCCAACGACGUCUUCUACAACUACUGGACGCUCGAGAAGGUGCAGGGCGCUGGUACAAACGUUACAGAGACCAACCUGACCACCAGCGAUAUCCCCGUGCACAUCCGCGGCGGCAGCAUCCUGCCCAUGCGCAUGAACUCGGCGAACACUACAAAGGCGCUGAGGCAAGAGGAUUUCUCCAUCCUCGUCGCUCCUGGUACGGAUGGGAGCGCGAGGGGACGGUUGUACCUCGACGAGGGCGAGAAGAUUCAGCAGAGCGACGUCAGCGAGGUUGAGUUCAGUUUUCAGAACGGCAAGUUCACCGCUUCAGGCAGCUUUGCGUACAAGGGCGCGGUGGGCGAGUCUAUCACCGUUGCAAAGGUGCUGGUUAUUGGGCAGGAUAAGGCGGGUGCGACGGGCACGUUCGAUGCCGCGACCGGCUCGGUGGAGGUCCAGGGGCCGUGGAAGCUGGACGGUGGGUUCGAGUUCCAACUGUAA